CGGUAAUAGACGAUUCGUAAACGUCUUUAUCGCUCUUCUCGCGUGCAUUUUAUACCAGAGCAUGACAUUCAAGUAAUUCGAGAAAUGGCUCCCAGUUUGUCCACAUUUAAAAGAGGCAGCAUUCAGCUACAGAAAGCUGCAAAAGUCGUAAACGAUCAAAUAGGAAACAGGCAGGUGCUGGCCGUGUUCGUUAUCACCGGCUUCGUGCUAUGCGGGGUGGUCGAACAGAGCGCCUCGGUGGCCCUCCGGGCCAACAGCACGUCCAGCUUUUCCGCCUCGGAAUUCGCGGAGUACGUGGAAAACACCAGCUACAUAACCAGCUACUGUCAACCGCCGUCCAACGACGAGCACAACAACAACGCUAGAGGGGUGCACGUCGUCAGGUCCAUCCCCCACAUAGAGAUACCUAUGACGCGUACCGAUGAAACUGAAGCUGUUCUCAGGCAAGCCUUCAUGUGGGGCACCUUGGUGUCGCCUAUAGCUGCUAGUAGAAUUGCUGCUAGGGUUGGAGCCGAGAGGUUGUUUGGUGUAGGAGUCUUAGGAGCUGGAGUACCGGCUAUUAUGGUACCUGCUUCUUGGUUGACGGCGUAUCACGUGUUCAUUAGAUUUAUCCAAGGGAUUUUUAUGGGAGCUACAUGGCCUGCCGCACACGUUAUAGCGGUCACAUGGAUUAAACCGAAACACGUUAGUGGUUUCAUUUCAUUGUAUACAGCUGUGAACUUGGGAUACGCCGUGGUGGGCUUCCUGGGCAGCUUCCUGGUGAAGAAAUUCGGUCGGGAUUGGCUGAGCUACGUGAUCGCCGCCACGUCCUUUCUGUGGUACUUCCUCUGGUGGAGAUUCGUCGAGGAGUCUUUGAAUCCGAACAGGCCGAAGCGAGACGAGCACCGGCAUUUACCGUGGAGGAGACUGCUGACCUCUAAGCCGGCUUGGGCCUGCGGCAUCGCGGUUAUCGGUAGCCAAUGGGCGGACGCCACCCUUAUGCUAGGGGUGACGAAGUAUUUGAAGUUGGUGUAUGGAUUUUCCAUUGAAUAUGAAGACAUUCUCCAGUCAUUGCCACAUAUUGGUCACUUUUUUGCAGCAAUUACUUUCGGUAUAGUUGUGGAUCACGUACGUGAAUCUGGUUUAGUAUCCACUACCACAUCAAGGAAGUUCUUCGUUUACAUAUCGCAUUUUCCACCGGCCGCGCUAAUGUUCGUAUUGGGCUACACGGGCUGCGAUCCGGCCGCUCCUGCCGCCCUGUACACGGCCGCAUUGGCAAUGACAGGAGCGACUCCUGCCGGGGCGUUCGCCAGCGCCGCCGACAUCGCCCCCAAUUUCGCAGGAACGGUUUUCGGCCUGUGUCAAACGGUGGGCGCCGCAGGAUUGUUAGCGGCGAAUUACGUCGUGUCCGAAGGACUGCACGGCUCGUUCGCAGGAUGGUGGCGAUUGGUGUUCGGCGUAUCGUCGGCGGUGCUGCUGGUGACGGCGACAUUUUUCAUGGCGAUGGGCAGCGGAUCCGUGCAGGAUUGGAACGCUCCGAUGCCCGAGCCCGAUCCGGAGAUCGUCGAGGAACCGUCCCGGCUCGAAUCGGUGCUCGAAUAAAGCGUUUUUAUUAAUGUCAA